UCAAAUAUUUAGAAACGGAGGGAGUAUAUGACUUUGUGUAUAUAUAUUGUUUGAGUUUUGAUCUGUUUUUGAUGUAUACAUUGUAGAAGAAAGGUGUCCAUCCACUUUGCCCUGCCGACAAAAUUCUCAGGUGGUCUCAUGUUUCCCACAGUUUUAAUUCGGAGCAAUAUCUGAAGGAAUCAAAACUGAAAGCACACGGACACGGCAUUUCGCCAAGAAAGGAGUAGGUAGGAUGGCGGCAGCCGAGGAGCGCGACGCCGCGGCGGCGUCGUCUCUGGCCGAGUUCCACGCGUCGCGCGCCGGCGUCCGCGGCCUCGUCGAGUCUGGCGCCACCGCCGUGCCACCGCUCUUCCUCCCGCCAGGCUGCGGCCGCGAGCGCUCGACGCCGCCUACGCCGCCGCGAGCGACGGCCUUCGCCAUCCCGACCGUUGACCUCUCCCUCCCGCGCUCGGCCACCGUCCCGCUCGUCCGCGCCGCCGCGACCUCGUGCGGCUUCUUCCACGUCACCAGCCACGGCGUCCCGCGCGGCACCGUCGCCUCCGCCGUCGCCGCCGUGCGGGCGUUCCACGAGCAGCCCGCCGCGUCCCGCUCGCCGUGCUACUCGCUGGCCCCCGUCGGAGGCGUCGCCUACUCCACCAUCCCCAUCCAGCAGCCGCCGCCGCAAGACGGCUCCUCCAGCGACCACCGCGCCGCAACCGCUGCGUCUCCUCUCCUCCCAUGGCGCGACUCGCUGGUGGUACGCUUCGGCCCGGGGCCCGAGGCUCCCGACCUAGGGCGCCUUCCCGCGUCCUGCCGGGACGCGCUGCCGGAGUACCAGCGGUCGCUGACGGUGUUCGGGAAGGAGAUGGCCGGGCUGCUGUCGGAGGCGCUCGGCGGCGGCGGCGGCGGCGGCGGCGUCGGGGCGGAGCGGCUGGAGCGGGAGAUGCAGGUGGAGGGGUGGCUGAUGGCGUGCCACUACUACCCGCCGUGCCCGGAGCCGGAGCGGGUGGUCGGCAGCCUGGAGCACACCGACCCCAGCCUCUUCACCGUCCUGGCGCAGGACGCCGUCGGCGGGCUGCAGGUCCGGCGGGAGGAAGAAGAAGGCGGCGGCGGCGGAGGCGAGUGGGUCGACGUGGCGCCGGUCGCCGGCGCACUGGUGGUCAACGUCGGGGACGUGCUCAAGAUGGUUUCGAACGAGGAGUACAAGAGCGUGGAGCACAGGGUGGUGAUCAAGUCUAGCCAAGACGCCAGGGUCUCCAUUGCUGUCUUCUUCAACCCAGCCAAGCGCGAUGCCUCCGACCUGUUCGGGCCCCUCCCGGAGCUCCUCACCGCGGAGAGGCCGGCACGGUUCCGGCGCUUCUCCGUGCCGGAGUUCAUGCGUUCUCGAAGGGAAUCCGGCCAUGGCAAGUCAUCGAUCGAUUCAUUCAGGAUUGCUGCAGAUUAACGACGGCUCAGCAGGCAACAUUCAUGGACAAGGUGAUGCUACCGAGUAAAAGAUGUCUGAAGUAUUUUCAACGCUUAAUGGAUAUGAUUGUUGUAGAUGUGUGUGCAAUAGGGGGUAUAUUAAUGGGUUUAGCCUUGUACAUUAACAACAAAAGGUUUGCACCACACUUGUUUUGAUUGGACAAUCUCAUCGGUCGAGUAUAAGAAAUAAGGGUCGGUAAUUAACUCGGUGAUGAUCUCUUCGAUUCCAUGCAAAUUAGAUAAACUAGGAAGAAAACCCACACACAUAAGCGGGCAUUUUAUUUUACCUUGCAUAAAAUUUAAUUAUUUUAAGAGAACUAUUAGGUUAUAGGGGUUGUUUAGCUGAAGCUCAGGCCUCCGAAAUGGGAAGCCGGACUCAGGCUAAUGAUGCAUGACAGUGAUUCGGUACAGGCGUCCAGAAAAUCUUUCUGGCCUUCAACCGAACAGCGCUCAGGCUCCUUUUCACCAGGGCACGAACCAAAGAUCAUAGUACUGAUAAUUAUUGUUGAUGCUCUUUAACCCUGGUCUGUGCAACUCAGACUCUGUACACCUGUUAUUUUCAGAGAGAAAUGGCCUGUGAUAUUGCACAAGCUUUA